UCUAAUGAAUCAUCACUGCUGAGGGGAGAAAACGCAUCCCCCCAUGGCCUUAAUUUUUGCAUAGCUGUCAAACUUACCUCAAAAACUGUGUGGCUGUUCUAUUUAAUAAAUUGCUUAUGGAAAAAUAGUAUUUAAACAGUAACAUAUAUAAGCUACAGAAUAAAGGGAAAAAACAGCAUACAGAAUAGUUUGCAGUGCAUUUUACAGCUUGACUUUAGCUUUGAUGCUCUAAAAUUGUUUUUUUACAAAAUAAUGCAGAAAAGUGUAAUCAUAAUUAUUUUAUUCCACAGGAAACUGCCAUCACAGUUGAAUGUGAAAGCUCCUUCAGAAACUGAACAGCAACUUCAAACAAGAGAAUUUCAACAGUGUUCAUCUGCUGCUGUUACUCAAAAGAACCUAAAGGAAAAUUCUGAAUUGUCUUCUUUCUUGAGGAAAUCUGCUCAUCCAGAUCCUAAUGGUUGGAUUCAUGUAGGGCGAAAACGUUUCACUCAAAAUAUAGAACAGGGUUGUCAGUUGAGGAAGCCUUGCCUGGUUUCACCAAAGCAUGUAGCAUCUUUGAACUAUGAAACGGAUCCAAGAAAAUGUUGCCUAAUUUCUCCUGAGAACGAUGUUCGAAAUUCAAGCUGUGAAUCAGACACAAGGAAAAGUGUCACACCAGUUCCAAAUCACUGGAUUCCUGUUCAACAGAUCCAUUCCAAUCUAAAAGUGGAAAAAUCAGAUCAGUUGAGCUGCAAAAGGCAAAAAAAAGGGAACUCUGUUGCUGAUCAUGAAUAUUUUCCUUCAUCUGCAAUUAUUAUGUUUGGCGGUUCUGGAGAUGUAAAUGAAAGUUCUAAUGCAAAUGCCAGCUGUUCAAUAGUAGGUAAGUUUCACACAGAUUCUCGUGAAGGAACUAGCAGUUGUACAAAAGAGAUUAAAAGUAAGUAUUUAAAAUUUUGUGAUGUUUGUAAGAGGUCUUAUGCUUCAAAGCAGUCUUUUUAUAAUCAUAAGAGUAAAUGUAAAGCUUCAUCUGGUUCAGUAACUGAACAGAUGAAGUAUCCAAGAACAUGUGGGUUGUGUAUGAAAUCCUAUUCAUGUAAGCAAUCAUUUUCCAAGCAUAAAAGAAAUUCUUGUAAACGUGAUUCUGAUGAGAUUAAAACUUUAAUAAAUUUCAUUUGUAAUAAAUGUAACAAAAAUUGUGAGACACGUGGUAAGUUUUUUAAUCAUAUAAAAGUUUGUAAUGGCGAGAACAAUAAAGAUAACUAUGUUCCAUGCAUCUUUCCUGAUUGUCAACUGACUUUUCGAUUUAUUAGUCAAUGUAAUAAACAUUUAGUUGAUGCCCAUAAUAUAAAUAUGCCUUUACUAGAGCAUACUUUUAAAUCUUUAUCAGACUUUCAUUUGUGGUUAGAAAGAGAAAGUGCUAAUUCGUUCAGUUCAUUUAAAAAGUGUUGUGGGAAGAAAAUUAAAGCCAAUAAAACAUAUCACUAUUACUGUUGUCAGUUUUAUGUAACGCAGACUAAAACAACAAGGCUGUCUAGCAGAAAAAAUGUUAAAGGCACUAUACCUGUGGAUAUGAAAUGUCCUUCAAGAAUUUUUGUGUGGGAGGAAGCUAAUCUCGUUAAAGUUAUUUUUCAUUCAAGUCGUAAUCAUGAGUUGUGCUUUGAAAAUACAAAAUUUCAACAAUUAAGUCAAAGUUGUCGUGAUCAGAUUAAAGCCUAUGCACAGUUAGGUGUCCCUACUGAACAAAUUCAGGAUAUUAUUAGAGAUGGGCUGGGAUCUCGUGGAAAUAGAGAUAGCUUAGAUGUUAAAGAGGUUUUUUAUAACACGAAAGCGUAUAAAUUAUUAUACAAAAUUGUCAGCAUCGUCGUUGCAUUCCCAUAGUAAUGAUUCACUUUCA